UACCUGGUUAAAUAAAGGUGAAAAUAAAUAAAAAUGUUACUGAGCUGAAUGUGUUUUUAUUUUUUUUAAUUUUUUUAAAUGAGACUAUGGUUUUUAUCUGUAGGAGCAGUAUGACCAGACAUGAGUUGAGACAAGAUGAUGAGGCCCUGAGACCACAUACAUGGGAGAGGCAACACCCCAUGCAGCCUGGCCAGUAACAAACCAUGAGAAGUGUUCUCCUGAUGCUGAUGCUGUCAAUCACACAUACCCAGAGCCUCUCUUCAUGUCCUGCCUCCUGUGUGGUGUGUUCUGAAGAUACUGUCAUCUGUUACAAGCUCUCCAACAUCCUAGAGGCCCCUGAGACCACCAAGGCCCUGAUGCUGACCGACGGCACCAUCGUGUCCGUGGACCGCAACUUCCUGUCUGACAUGUCCAGCAUGACCGUGCUGUCCCUCAGCCACAACGCCAUCACCACCAUCACCCACGACGCCUUCCAGAACCUCACCGUCCUCCACACCCUCCUCCUGGACCACAACCACCUCUCCAGCCAGGCCCUGGGGAAGGACACUUUUUCCUGGCUGCCCAGGUUGGAGAUCCUCAAGCUUGGGAACAACGCCCUCGGGGAUGUCAACGGCUCCUGGUUCCAUGCCACCGGGGCCCUGCGGACGCUGCAGCUGGAAGGGAACCGCCUCUCCAGGCUGGACGCCACCACCUUUGCCUUGGCAGACCUCCAGGGGCUGGAGACCUUGGAUCUGUCCGAUAAUCUGAUCACCUAUCUGGGGAAGGAUAGCUUCCGGGGCCUGCUGGGGCUGCGUAGUCUGGAUCUGUCCAGGAAUCAGCUCCGGAGCGCCCCGUCAGAGGUGUUUUCGUACCUAUCGUGGAUGUCUAGUCUGAACCUGGAACUAAACUGGUGGAACUGUACAUGUGAGCUGAGGAAGCUGGCGUCUUUCCUCACCAGCUAUAUGGAGGCUCCGGAUAAGGUACUGUUCAACGGGCGUAGGAUGGUGUGUGUGAGUGCUGACAACCCGGCAGUGAAGACGGUGCUGGAGCUGACAGAGGCCAACUGUGUUCCAACAAAUCAGAACAUCACAGUGCAGGUUGAGGCUAAGAAUGCCAUCUCCUCUCAGCGUUAUACCAGAGACCUGGCUCUGGCUGCAGCCUUCUGCUUUGCUGGUGGCGUUGGACUCACCCUAGCUGUGGUGUACAUUGUUUACUGCAAACUGGGGAUGAACAAGAGCCUGAAGGUCUGGAGAGACAGGACUGGAGCUGAGGAGGAUGAGAAUGGGAGGACAGCUCCCACCCAAACAGUCACCCAGUGGGAUCUGAGCAGGGAGAAUGAGGCCCUAUGUAUGGCUCAAAUGGGACUGGAAACCAAGCUGAUCAUUCCCAAUAGCCACCUUCAGCCUUGGGACAGGGAGAGAGCCAUGUUUGACCUGAGAAUAGGCAAAGAUGGUGGCCAUUUUACAUGCCCCCAUUGUGGCCCUGCAGUCAGUGGGUCUGCAAUGGAACAGGAGGUAGGAGAAGGAAACUUGGGGGCAACCCUGCACAUGGUCAGACAAGGAGGCCAGCCCAACAAGAUGGAGAGUCUGGCCAUAACAGAGGAGAGCGAUGAGAGGAAGAGACAUGUGCCCCAACAAGCAUUGAUAUCAAAGACAGAAGAUCUAAGCGGUCAAAGGUCAUUGGUCGGGCCACCACAGGGUCAGAGCAACCAUAUUCUUAGUCAGGAGGAGUUACUCUAUCACCAGCAGAGUUUAAAUAUAAAAAGCCAUGAUGGUUCUAAUGGCAACAACCAGCUAUUGGGUGGCAGGAGUUACUAUUCACCUGCACAUGGAAACAUGCCUACACAUAAAAGUCUAAUAAAAGAUGAGAUGGUAAGACCUGGAAAUCACAUAGGCCUUGACAACAGACCGUCAAAAAUGGACUUCCAAUCAGAGCAUGGUAGAACUGUACCUGACUGUCAACACCAAACCGUCAGCUGUUUGAACUGUUACAGAACCUAUGAGUAUGGACAGCCAGGGGAGAAAGUCAGAGAUGUAUUGUUUUUCAUCAGUGCAAGAGAAUCUGCUGGUUAUGAUGGUUCUCCCAACCACAACCCACUUACAAGGCUAAACACCCGAAGGAGCAUGAACUGCAACCAGUCUAAUAUGGAUAUCUAUGCAAAGCAUGCAAGCAAGCAGAGGAGUGUGACUUUUGACUUGGAAAGAUCUGGAGUGCAUGUCGUUGAUGUACAAAGGAUGAAUCAUGACAGGGAAGAUAAACAUGACAGGAUUAAAAGUUCUAGGAAAGUGGAAAAUGGUGAUAAACAGAUCCUGAGCUAUGAAAGCAUUGGACGAUCUGUGAGGAGUAAUGGUCUUAAAAGAGAGGACCUCUCCAAAAGGCAUAAACGUAAAGCCCAGUCAGAUGGUUUACUAAAAGUGAAGCUCAACCUUAACCCUCUUAAGAAAAGCAAGGUCCAUCCAAGGAAAAACAGCCGCAAGAGACUAGAACAGGGCGAUAGAGAAAGAACUGACUCCAAGAACCGAAAACAACUGCAAAUGACGGGUAAAGAUACCAAAGGCAAAAGGCACAACCAGGAAGAGACAGACAAAUCCAAUAAAGGAAACUCGUCUCACAAAAACAAAGCCAAUCAGUCAUCCAAAAAUAAAUCUACCACCAGCAAGUCUAAAGAAACUGAUGAUAAUGAAGAUCAAGAGGAAGAAGAUCCAGUGCCACAGGAAAACAAUGAAUCCUCCAAGCAAAAAAAGACAAACUCAAAAUCAAAACAUCAGGAGGGCUCGAAUAGUGACCAUUCCAAGAAGAGUAGAUCUGAUCCAGAUCAGAAAACCAACGUCACACAAAAUAAAACUGGAGGAGAAACAGAGGUCUCUGGUGGAGCACCUAUACCAAGUAAUGUGAGUUCUUACCAGUCAUACAUCAACGGAGCGGGUGGGAGUUCAGUCAAUGGGCAACAGGUGGAAGAAUACCGAAAUGGACAGGACCAAGCACCGAUCCCUGAGGUGCCCCAACACCCCAGUUACCUAGGCGAUGGAGUGACUCUUCAGAGGACAUUGAGUAGCCCACAACUGUCAGCAGCAAAGCCCCUCAAAGGAAUGGAAAGGACUUCCAGUUACAGUAACCUUGCUGUCCAGGGAGGAAACUCUAUACUAUUACAAAACACUGUUGCACCAAACACCAUUUAUGGUGGCAACUCACAGGCUCAAAGUCUGAGUAGACAAGGCAGUUUAGGUCCGCCAUCUUUACUGACUAACAUCCCACCCACAUCCCCACUAUAUACAGACAAUGCAAGGAACUCACCUGUAAAUCCACUGAUUCAGCUGUUGUCACAGUCAGUUCGAGGCAACUCCAACCAGGGGGCCAUGAUUGGCUCUCAGUCAGCCCAGUUUCCAGUACCCCAAAGAGUGAGAGAUCUCACUCUGCUUGACCAGGGUCCUGGAUCACUAAAUGGACAGAAUAUCUCUCAGCUUGCUCAGGGUCCUGGAUCACUAAACGGGCAAAAUAUCUCUCAGCUUGCCCAGGAUCCUGGAUCACUAAAUGGGCAGAAUAUCCCUCAGCUUGCCCAGGAUCCUGGAUCACUAAAUGGGCAGAAUAUCUCUCAGCUUCCCCAGGAUCCUGGAUCACUAAAUGGGCAGAAUAUCUCUCAGCUUCCCCAGGAUCCUGGAUCACUAAAUGGGCAGAAUAUCUCUCAGCUUCCCCAGGAUCCUGGAUCACUAAAUGGGCAGAAUAUCUCUCAGCUUGCCCAGGAUCCUGGAUCACUAAAUGGGAAAAAUAUGUCUCAGCUUCCUCGGGAUCCUGGAUCACUAAAUGGGCAGAAUAUGUCCCAGCUUGCUCAGGGUCCUGGAUCACUAAAUGGGAAAAAUAUAUCUCAGCUUCCCCAGAAUCCUGGAUCACUAAAUGGGCAAAAUAUGUCUCAGCUUGAUCAGGGUUCUAGUUCAGGUCCAGGCUCACUAAAUGUAGAGAGUCUCUCCAACAACAACAGUUUGAACCCCGCAGUUGCCCCUGUUCUACAGGAGUACCUGUCCUCAGCAGAAGGCUCACCCAGAAGGAUUAGACUGGUGCUGCCCGAGAGAACCACUAACAGAUCGCCAACUGCUCUGGAGAGGAAAAUCCGUUAAUAAGUGGAUUUGAAUUGUCCAAUUGGGUUUUCUUAUGGACUCAAAAAAGGAUGACUCAAAAAUAACACUUAAUCUUAAUGCUCAAGUGAACUUAAAAUGAUCCUGUCUAUGUCAGUCCUAAGCAUCUCUCUUCAUAACGUACAUGGAACUCAACCUGUCUUCCUAUUGUUAAUACCUGACUCAAAGCGUUCUAAACUAUUUCAUGUUUGUCAAGUGUGUGGCUUGGUAGGUGACUUGUAUUUUUAUAAAGUCAAUUUAGCACAGGUUUGGGUUACAGUUGACGCAGGGUAGACACGUGGCAGUAUGGGUUUAGUUUGAAACCCCGACUGACCCCUAAUUGCACUCCAUUGGGUUUAGGCUUACACAAGUUGACACUUCAUUACAAGGCUCUGCAUUAGAGCAAUGGGCUCUAAUUUCAGGUAAACUAUGAAUGAGUAGAACAAUGUGGUGAAGUUUAUGGAAUACACAUUCUAAAUGUUGACCCAGUAACCUCUCAGCCUUGGUUGUGUGUAAAUAAUGAAAAAAGCAGUCUGCUGUUUUUACCAGCUUGCACCUGAGCCUAAAACUGUAACGACAAGAGUCACUUACACCAUUGUUUACUUGGCCCACUAAUAAGGCCUAGAUUCAAUCAGAUCGACCGUUAACCGGCGAUAUACAACACCCGAAGCCCGCAUAACUGAUGUUGUGGGGGAAACGCUCUUUUCACUGCACUUCGAUACCGAAGUGAGUUUUUCGUAGCAGUUUAGGAAGAUUAAUGUAGCAGGUUAAGAUAUAUUUUGUCGGUGUCGGAGGAGUAACUGUGUUGGAGCUGUCAAAUCGGUGAGCAGCUGCACUUGAUCAUUGUCACGAAGCUACACCCAUUCCACUCGCGUUAGAAGUUCAGAACGAGAAUUGUGUAUUUAUGGUUGACGUCAUUGUCAUGCCCAAAUGUCCAUAAAUGCCUUAAUGAUACUCACAUGUAUUCACUACAUCAAAAUCAGAAUAUUUGACAUAAUUUCUAAAAUAAUCUUAAAAACAAGCAUAUAAGGUUCACUUUUGGGAAAAAUCAUCAAUAUCAAUUGUAAUUUAAUACAUCUUUUCCUCAAAAAUAUGUACCGUGAUGGUAAUGACUUAGUAUUGUGGUAAUGACAGAGUGUGAUGGAAAUGACAUUUCAUGUAAAACAACUGAUUAAAAAAAUGACCAUUAAACA